GCAGCACUUCUGGGCCACAGCUAUCUCCAGCUGCCUCUACAGUGCCACGGCCUACCCCUCCUCCAGUGCCCAUGCCCGCUGCCCAUCCUCUGCACCCCCCAUCUCACUCAUUUCCUCCUCCUAUGUUUGCUCCCCCUCUUCCUCCACCUACAGCGACUGCCAGUCCUCUCUCACUGCCUACGUCAGCCAACCCAAACCCUUUCUCUGCCGAGUCUCUCUUCCAGUCAAAUCAGGCAGACCUUUUGCGGCGUGAACUGGAUAGCCGGUUCCUGGCCUCACAGGACCGCUCUUUGAAUGUGGGACCACCGCCCUACCUAAGAACAGAAAUGCACCACCAUCAACAUCAACACACCCAUGUGCAUCAGCAUACCACGACUCCAUUGUUGCCUCCACCACCGGCACCAUCGCUCUUUCCACCACCUCUAUUCAAAGAUAUCCCCAAGUUGGGAAGUGUGGACUCGCCAUUCUACAGGCAGAAUCUAGGACUCACCAGCUACCCUGGUUUCUCUCCUGGUCUUCUGCACCCUAGUCUUGGGGGUUCCACCCCAUUUGCUCCACCUAAUCACCUCCCCACAUUCACACCAAAGCAAAUGGCUGAUCCCUCGAAACCUAAACCAGUGAAAACGGGUCGCUGGAAUGCUAUGCACGUGAGGAUUGCCUGGGAGAUCUACCAUCACCAACAGAAACAGCAAGCUGAAGCAAAGGCCGGAGCUGCAAAGCCACCUGAUCUUCUGAGACCUCCAAACCAUCUAUUUCCUGGUGGCCUAGCUCCACCACCUCGGCCACAUGACCUGCCUUCAUUUGCUUCUACAUUGACGGCUCAUCGAGGACCUCCUUUUGAUGCUGGCCCUCAUCCUAGCAGUUUCUUGAACCCUCCAACUGCACCUCAUUUAGGUACAGGAGUGUCUCCAUUUGGGCGAUAUCCUUCCACUUUCACAGGAGCCAAUUCUGCCUUCCCAAGUUUGGGAGCAACUGCCUCUGUCUUUCCACCACCACGUGACAUGCCUCCUCUGGGUCCACUUGGCCCCGUUCAUGACCCAUGGAGUCGGCUGCAACGGACAGCGGCAGGCUUCCCGGCGACCAGCGCCAACCCGUGGGGUCUGAAGCCCGAGCCGUCGCCGAUGGAGAGGCGGGCGGAGCUGGAGGAG